UUGUUGUAUGUAUAUUAUAAUAAUAUAAUAAUAUUAUUAUGGUGUAAUUAUCGCGAUAUUAUUAACAUAAUAUACUAUAUUAUUUUUACCGUCGUUCGUUGUGUACGCGUAUAGUCGCAUUGCGAAAAAACUGUAGUACUUUAUUUUUUUUUUUACUGAUUUUUACUUUUUCAUUUUGUUUGGGUUUUUUAUUGAAAUUUUUUUCUCGUUUUUGUUUCGACUGCCGCGCCGAUUAUUUUUUGCUCCGGACCCCGAGUUCGACGACAUUGCCGCACGGUUAAAUAUUUACCUACGUUUAUUCCGUUUGACUUUUAUGUUUUUUGUUUCGUUUCGUUAACUUAUCUUUCAUUCGUUCGCGUCAUUUUAUUAUAUUUUCAUAUACACGAGUGAAGUGCGUUUCUUGUGAAAGAUAAUCAAAAAAUUUUAAUUUUUUUUUCAAUUUCAUCCAUUUUCGAAUAUCAUUGUUAUUUUAUAUGUUUGACUAUUUUUACCCGUCGUUUAAUGUCCUAGGAUCGCCUAGGACCUCAUAUUAAAUUUUAGUGCGAAACAUGGAAGCUACUUAUUGCAUUGGAAACGACGUUGACGUAUGCCGAAUGUUCGAUCAAUAUUUAUACAAGCUUAUUUGAACGCGGAUUGAUACGGCCGUGCAUAACGCGUUCUAUUACGAACGAACUCUUCUUCGGACGGUCAUAAAAUCAAUUUAAGCUGCGGUUAUCGUCGCGAAGGAACUUCCGAACGCGCCAAUCAAUUAUUCCGAACGUAAACUAUGCACUGACGUCGUGUCGAUAUAUCGAAUAAACAAAAGCUAUCCCGUACCCAGGACCGACAACCUGGACUUGUCUCUAUCGGUGGCCCACAACAUGCACAACAACAACAAUAAUAACAACAACAACCACUACACAAGCAUGGCUGAACACACAUUUCACACGCCGAGUUUCGGGGACGAGGGUUUCGACAUCCCGUCGAUGGGCAAUCAAGGAAACAACUCGACCACCUCGCCUAGUUGUAACAACGUGACGAGUCCAUCUAACGGUUCGGCCGAUUCCAUUAUCACUUCGCACACGCAACCGCAGCCACCGUCUUUGGCAUAUCAACACAGUCAACAGAUGAUGAAUCACCAUCACCCACAGGACACAGGCAUGCAGGGAAUGAACUCGCACAACUCACACCAUUCGCAUCAAUCGGCUUACCAACAGCCACUCUACUUGACUGGCCACGAACACGGCCUGGGCCUGAACGUUAGUUCCAGUUACUCUCAACCGAGUUACACUCCGUUGAACAACACGAAUACCACGAAUGGUGGACAGAACGGCAUGAUGUAUCACCGGCACCACCAAGCGUCCAAUCAACAACAGCACCACCAAGCGUCCAACCAACAGCAGCAGCAGCAACAACAACAGCAACAGCAGCAACAACAACAGCAACAGCAGCAACAACAGCAACAACAACAGCAACAACAGCAACAGCAACAGCAACAGCAACAACAGCAACAUCAUCAUCAGCAGCAACAGCACCCACCCACCCACAUGCCACAACCCACCCAUCUACCUGCCCACCACUACACCAACAUGGGACCACCGGCCACCAGUCCGCUGACCCCUUCGUUGGAAAUGCACCGGCACUCCAAUCCCACGCCAACGCCGGAAGGCAUAAACACUACCAGCGACGACAGCGAUGACAGCACACCGCACCAAACGAUGCUCGCAAUCAAGAGGGAAAGGCUAUCUCCGGAACCGUUGGAUGGUUGCGGGAUCAUGAAAAUGCAACAAAAGAAGCCGAAACCGACCAAAAAGAAAAAGAAAAGGGAUCCCAACGAACCGCAAAAACCGGUAUCUGCUUACGCGCUCUUCUUCCGGGACACCCAAGCGGCUAUCAAAGGUAAAAAUCCAAAUGCUAGUUUCGGCGAAGUGUCCAAGAUCGUGGCGUCCAUGUGGGAUUCGUUGGAUGCAGAUUCAAAAAAUGUGUAUAAGAAGAAAACGGAAGCCGCCAAAAAGGAUUACUUGAAGGCUUUGGCUGCAUACAGAGCGAGUCUUGUAUCGAAGGGAGGAGAACCGGACUCGAACAUGUACGCUGGAGGAGGGUACGUGGGCAGCUACGGUGGAGUGUACAACGGAUACUCGCCACCCGCGGGCCUGCCGUCGCCACCCAUGUCCGUGCCGUCGCCACAUUCACAAGUUCACGGUCAAGUCAAGAAGUCCGCCAUGAUGAUGGACAAUCGGGUCCCGGUCAUGAACAGCCACCCGCAAAAUCACAACCAAUCGCAACAGACGGCCGGUCUGAUCGGCAGCCACAACCAGGUAGCGCCCGGACUGAACCAUUUAUCGCAGCAUCCCCAGGGCGGACUUCCGCCGUCGCCGCAACAGUCACAGCCCCCGACGCCACCGGCCAAUGUUUCAUCAUACUGGCCAUGGUGUUUCAACCCAACGCAAAACAGCCAUUAGCCGGUGUCUCGCCGACACCAGCUCAGUAGCAGUCGGUCGACGUGUGCAUACGAAACGGAUGCGACAACGACGACGUAUGUCUCGCACCGGAUGCCGGAUGGGACGACGAAUAUAAUCGAGGUUACGAGUGUGGGCACCAACACUGCAAGAUUACGGUGAACGACUGGUCUUAAGGCCGCUGAAGUGGCCAUAAACCAAAUGCCUAGAGUCGAUCAUCCUCCUCGUCCUCUUCCGGAAAACAAGGAGACCUGAAGACCGCUAUCUGUCCCGUGUAAAUUAUACGAUUAUUAUUAUAUUAAUUAUAUUGUAUUAUAUUAUUAUUAUUAUUAUUAUUAUUAUAAUUGUAAUUAUUACGUAUGUAAAUCCCUGUGACUACGAGUAUCUCAUAUUAUAAUGCUUGUGAAUAUUUAUAUUUAUAAGAAAAAAGUAAUAUGAUAAUUGAUAAUAUUAUUAUUACAUUUAACGCGUACUAUAAUAUGAUAUUAUUAUUACAUACAUAAAUAUAAUAAACUACAGUUUGUACAUGUACAUAUUUUUUUUUGCGAUAAUAUCAUUGAAUCAUAAUUAAUGUAAAUAAGAAUGUCGUAUUUAAGCAAUAAAUUUGCUCCUGUAAAUGUAAGCAAUGUCUCUCGCGACAAUCCCAAUGCUGUUUUUGUGCACAUAAUAAAUAUAAACAUAAUAUUAUUAAUAUUGUUAAAAUGAACUACUAUUUUUU